AUGACGAAUUCGAUUUCUCCAAAAGUGAAUUUUUUUAUCAGGGAGGAAAAGUGCACGCCGGUGGAAUUUUUUAAGAAAUUUAAUUACACAGCAAAGAGUAAAGGUGUCUCUGAUUGGUGCUCCUCGCUCAGUGCAAGCCUCGCACUUAGCAAUGAUGAAAAACUAGUCGAACUUAAACAAAAGUACAAUAAUGGUCAUUACACGAGAGCAAUCGAUGAUUAUUUUCUAUCGACACAAUCUGCUUGCGUUCUCAAUAAGGAGAAGGAAACUGGCUCGAAGAAACCUCGCCUCAUGGAGUCGCAACAGAAUGAUGAUAGUUCGAUAUUAAUGUCAGCGGACCCGAAAAUAAAACAAGAGUUUUCCGGUUCGUGUUCAUCAACAUCUGGUCCGUCUUCCAAACCUCAUCUUGAAGAAGAUAUCGAGUCCAAAUAUUACGAUGCCGGAAAACUUUAUAAAAUUCUAUAUUCAUGGAAAGAUGCCAUUGGUAAUAUUGAUUUUAGAGACGCUUCGAAAAAGGAUUGGAUUUUCGAAAACCACAAUCUCUCCAACGAUUUUCGAAAUUUUCAACAACUAACAAUUAAACAAGUCAAGGAAAAUUCGUAUUUAUGUUAUAAAAAAGACAUUCAUAAAAUUCUAUGCUUAUCAAAUAUAAUGCUGGUUGAACAAAAAAAACCAUCGUAUUUGACUUGCGAUCAAGCGAUUUGGAGCACAAUUUGUCGAAGACAAACAUCUCCGUUUCUGUCAUUAGUAAUUACGACUGUAAUUUCAGAAUAUUCUUCGUUGUUAAAUUGUUUCGCAUCACUAGACGAAAUUGAAAAUAGGUGGUGUGCAAAUUUCGCAAAAGUUGCAGGUUUUCUACUAGAUUCUAUUAAUAAAAACAAUGAGGACACUUUUGUCCACAGCACUUUACAUGACUUAAUCAAUGAGAUGUUUCGCGACCCAUUAUUGGAAUUAGUAUGGGCAAAUAGCGAGAGUACUGCAUCGAAAGGGCAACGUUCCAACAACAAGAAAAACACAGUCAAAGGUAACAAACCCGACUUUAAGAUUCUGAAUAAUGACAGAGAUGAAAUUCUCUUUGGCGAGAAACACGAAACAAUGAAUGACUUGAUUUCCUUUGGCAUAUGGGUUACUG